AUGCGUCGCUUCCGCGUCGGUGCGCGCGCGCAGAGACGCGAAAAAAACAACGUGGACUAUGACGAGGUCUGCUCUGAAUCCUCUGAAGCUCUCAUGUUUUUCAAGUCGUGUGAACAGCCUCGUCCCUGUGAUCAAAGCGUCUUCAGUAAACACGCGCGCGUCACUUCCUCUAUCGAUGUAACUUCACCUGCUGGCCGCGGCUCCUAA